GUUAUUUGUUACUGCCUGAGCGGCCAUUUUAAGGGGGAAGGCAGAGGAGCCGUCGGGUGCUAAUGUGCUGCUAUUAGCCGCCCUACAUACACACAAAGAAAGCGAACGGGGACUGCACGUCGUUAAAUAUGGGCCCUCCAGGAGACAGAACACACCACACAUCGACUGAUAGAACGGGGGAUCUCCGCUGGAUGGUCGAUUUAUCUUGACAUGGCAUGCGGCGGGGCGAGCCGGAGGUUGUGACGACUGAAGAAAAGAAGAGAAAGCACUAGCUCGACGCGUCAGACGUCGACAGAGAGGGGGGCCGAGAGAUUUUGUUUAGCUAACGUUUGUAUCGCAGCUCAGCGUUCACUUUUAACAUAUUACCAACCGAUUCAUGUGUCAACAUCGUUGACAUAAUUUGAAUACUAUGGAGCUGAAAUAGUGAGCGCAAACAAAAACGGCUACAGAGGAACCCUGAGUCAGUCUUUAAAUAAUAACAGUGAGCAAGACAAUGUAAGAAAGGCGUGGUAAAAAUGACUGACCACACAUAAAGAGCCUCAGUUAAGCCAGUCUGUCUUAAAAGAAGAUGUAGCUUUAAUCACAGGUUCACUACUAGUUAGUGUCAGAAUGAAUACCUAGGUUGACUUGCUUGCUAGCUAGCUAGCAGACCUUAGCCAGUAAGCUAAAAAUAACGCCCGCAUCAUGACUAUCAGCUGUGGCAGCAGCACGAGCCCAGGGCCGGAUGAGUGACGGCAUAAGUUCAGGAAAUGUCGGUUUACUUUCGCUGUAGUCUUCGAUGUUGCCGGGUGCCUGGAUCUGUCGGCAUCUGUGUCUACCUGCCAUGUUCGUCUGCAUCCCCAGUCCGCCUGUGACACGCUUAUAACGGUCUGUGUUCAGAGAAACAAAACAAAAAAAACCGCAGCCAUGGAUCAGGGAUUCUGAGAUGACCCAGUUAACAGAAUAUCGCUGUAGUUCACAAUCUCACUAGCACAAAGAACAUAAAACAAGGAAAGUCACCAAUAUGCGUUUUGUUUAGUAGCAGACUCUAUUAGUCUAGGUUAACAUUUGUAAAAGAGAGCCACAUUUAAGUUGCUGUUUUCUUAAAAUCUGUUGUGUUCAUUUUCAGUGGCAGUUAAAAAAACAACAGCUAAUUUGGCUGGAAAGCCACAUCUUAAAACAUGGGGUUUUGAUUAGGUAUCAAUGUGAUGGAGUCUUAGUCUGUUGACCAUUCCUUGCCUCAAAACUGCCCUUUUUGUUUUUGAAAACUACCACAUAUUGACAUGACGUAGUUUAAUCUCUGAUUUGUUGGUCUUUUAAGUUCAUAGCUGGAGGUUAGAAGAUAUAGUUUUGAUGCAUUGUCAGCUCCACCCUUAAACGCGUACAAAAAAAAAGAACUAGUGUCACUAAAGUAUACUACAAAAGAGGAAUAGACACUGCCAACAAAAUCUAACCAUGGGGGACCCAACGUCAAGAAGAAACCAAACAAGAAACCGUCUUCGAGCUCAGCUUCGAAAGAAAAGGGAAUCUUUGGCUGAUCAGUUUGACUUUAAGAUCUAUAUAGCCUUCGUUUUCAAGGAAAAGAAGAAGAAGUCUGCACUUUUUGAGGUAGCUGAAGUGGUGCCUGUGAUGACCAACAACUAUGAAGAAAACAUCCUGCGGGGCGUUCGCAAUUCAAGCUACUCCCUGGAGAGUUCGAUAGAGCUGCUUCAAAAAGAUGUCGUGCAACUGCACGCCCCAAGAUACCAGUCAAUGCGAAGGGAUGUGAUUGGUUGCACACAAGAAAUGGAUUUUAUCCUUUGGCCACGCAAUGAUAUUGAGAAGAUUGUAUGUCUGCUGUUCUCCAGAUGGAAAGGGGCUGACGAUGAGCCCUUCAGGCCUGUGCAGGCCAAGUUUGAAUUUCAUCAUGGAGACUAUGAGAAGCAAUGCUUGCAUGCCUUGGGUCGUAAAGACAAAGCUGGAAUGGUCAUGAACAACCCAACUCAGUCUGUGUUUCUCUUCAUGGACAGACAACAUCUGCAGACUCCUAAAACCAAGGCGACGGUUUUCAAGUUGUGCAGCCUGUGCCUGUACUUGCCCCAGGACCAGCUGACCUGCUGGGGUGUGGGAGACAUCGAGGAUCACCUCCGCCCAUACAUGCCUGAUUAAGGCUUCUCGCUCACCCAGUCACACAGAGACGAGCCUUUUCCCGUCCUCCCUUCCUUCCCUAAGGCUUCAGAAGCAAAUUGAUGUACUCAUCUCCUCCCUGUCCCUUUGAACUUGUGCUUGGAUCUCCCUUUUUGUUCUCCACUCAUUCUCCCUCUGACCUGAAGCCCAUUUGCUUCCCAUUCUUUACUCCCCACCAUCUUCCCAGUGUGUGUCCCAAUACUUUCUGACAUUUUUGGAUCAGCUCUGACAUUUUUUACUUUAUUUCAUUCCUUUUUCCUUACUCACCUGUUUUAUUCUUUUUGUUUUGAUUAUUAUUUGAACCUGCACGGACAUUGAUUUUUUGAGUGGUUGGUUGUUCUAUCGGAGCCACACAGUCAACAGCAUUGGUCACUGAAUGAACUCUUUAUGUUGCAUCUAAACUGGAACAAACACACAAGUCAUGGUUGUUACGAUGGACAUGCCUUAUAUCCUUGAUAUGAUAAGGAAGGAUUGUUAAAGCUUGUUUUGUAAUGUAACUAGGGCUUCUAAAACAAGUUUAGACCUUUUUUUUUUUUGCCCAGGAUAGGCAUGAGCAGGUUUUAAAAACACCUGUAUUGGCAAAGAUAACAAGAGCAACAGUGUUUGUCAAAUCAUGCGGUGUAGGUAUCGCUUCUUAUAAACUGCCUUAGUUUUUUUUUUUUUUUUUUGCUGGACUUAAAAAUGUGUUUUGUAAUUUUCUUUUCUCAGAAACAUUACUAAACAGGCCUUUGAUUAAAAAUCUUGAAUAUCUCAAAAGGCGUUGAGCAAAAAGUUGAGACAGGUUGGUAUGUUGUCAAAUUUGAUUUCUCAUUCAUGCACUAUUUCAUUUAAGCUACUGAAAUCAGUUUUUAUGCUUCGUUUGAGGGAUGUGGGUUGGUGACUAACUGCAAUGGUAACAGAUUUGAUCGUAAUAUACGUAACAAAUAAAAACCUAACAAAUUUCUGUUUAAAUUUGAUCUACUAAAGUAAAAAUAAAAAAUCUGCCAAGCUUUUUUGAAUUAAAACUGAGUUUUGAAGUGUUUGCUGUUUUGGAGACUUAUGAAGUUCUCUGUUAAGUUUCUGCUCCUUCCUGAUUCAAUGUGUUUUAGUUGGAAAGGCUUUUAAGGCAUGUCAUUUUGGGGUUUUGAUUUUUCUGUUCUCUAAUCUUUACUGCUGAGCAUAUCUCAAUACAGUGCAAAGUCUGAAACACCGA